UGGGCUCGCGAGGGGAGGAACCCGCGGGAGGACGCGGCGCCCGGCGCUUCUGCCUCCUCGUCCCGCCCCGAGCCGGGCCGGCUCCGCUCGCCGCCUUCCCGGGCCGCCCGGCCGUGCCAGCCGCCGCUGCUCUUCGUCACCCGCCUGGCCGGGCCGGCCGCAGGCCUGAGAGAGGCGGGAAGGAUGCCCUGCACACCCCGCCGCUGAGGGAGACUCGGGGGCCCUGCGCGCCGCGUCUGGCCAGCCCCACCCCAGCCGCUCCUCGGCCCUUCGCCUCCAGCGGCACGGAGCUUCCCUUAUCCCCCUCGCCCUGGGUUUCCUUUCUCCUGGACUAAGCACGAGCCGCUUCCCGCUCGCCCCCAGCCCGCUCCACCUCCCAGGCCUCUCUGCCCAGGCCUCCUCUUCUCCGGGUCUCUUCCUCCGCCUGGGCCUCCGGGCUCCUCACCUUCCUUCCUCCCUUUCCUUCCCCUUCCCCGCCCGGAGCCAUGUCCUCCGCCGCUCGUUUCGAUUCGUCGGACCGCUCCAGCUGGUACGUGGGCCCGGUGUCCCGGGCGGAGGCGCAGACGCGGCUGCAGGGGCAGCGGCACGGCAUGUUCCUGGUGCGGGACUCAUCCACCUGCCCGGGGGACUACGUGCUCUCGGUGUCCGAGAACUCCCGCGUCUCCCACUACAUCAUCAACUCCCUGCCCAACCGCCGCUUUAAGAUCGGCGACCAGGAGUUCGAGCACCUGCCCGCCCUGCUGGAGUUCUAUAAGAUCCACUACCUGGACACCACCACCCUCAUCGAGCCCGCGCCCAGGUAUCCAAGUCCACCAAUGGGAUCUGGAUCUGCCCCUGCUAUGUCCGCUGCAGAGGAAAACGUGGAGUGUGUUCGGACUCUCUAUGACUUUCCUGGCAACGAUGCUGAGGAUCUCCCAUUCAAAAAGGGCGAGAUACUGGUAAUUGUAGAGAAGCCAGAAGAACAGUGGUGGAGUGCCAGAAACAAGGAGGGUCGGAUUGGGAUGAUUCCUGUUCCUUACGUAGAAAAGCUAGUCAGAUCUUCAAUUGGGAAGCAUGGAAACAGGAAUUCCAACAGUUACGGUAUUCCAGAACCUGCCCAUGCUUAUGCUCAGCCUCAAACCGCAACUCCCCUUCCCUCAGUAUCCAGCACACCUGGAGCAGUGAUCAAUCCUCUGCCAUCCACACAGAAUGGACCAGUCUAUGCCAAAGCUGUCCAAAAGAGAGUACCCUGUGCUUAUGACAAGACUGCGCUGGCAUUAGAGCGUAGCAGAGUGUACACAUGCUGAAGAAGUGCUAGUGAGAGGAUGGCUUUGCUUCUUCACCUAAUCUUGAGGAAGGAAAGAGAUGUUUCCUUAAUCAUUGUAGAGUUCCAGGCGAAGAACUGACAGUGGCAUCCUCCAGAGAAAGGUAAAGAUUGGUGGCUUUACACUUAGUGGUUCUGAUCCUCAGCUGUGAGAUGCACUUGAAGAUCUUGUGCUGAGAGGUAAAAUCUGGGCAGAAUAUAUCAGAAAUAUUCUAGUCCCUUUUGCUUUGGUUUUCAAAAGUGGAAUUUAAGAAACCUUAACACCUAAACUGGGGGUAAGGAGUGUAGUGUAACCUCUAAAGUGCUGCAAGUUCCUGUGCUUGCUAUUGCAUUUUAAAUUUUAUUUUUAUUAGAGACAUCUUGUAAAACUUUAUAGAGUGUUAUUCUGUAAAUAAUUCAUAUUGUACUUCUAGUUUAACUGGAAUAAAUGAUUGAUUGGAAGAAGUUUGUCAAAGCUAUCUCCAGAAGACUGUUACUUUCACAUUUAGAUGAUACUGAAGGCUAAUUAACCUGUAAUUCAAAAAUGACUCACUGGAAAAAGUGAAAUUUGAGCAUGCUGCAAUACUUCCAGGCACAAAUGCAAGCAAACAAGCAUAGGAAGCAGCAACAUUUUAGCAAGUAAAAAAAUAAUGGUUUUUAAAAUACUUUUGAACUUUUCCUGUUGUUUUUGCUCAGUUACUUUGCAAGUUAAAGCCUAUGGCUGAUACUUUUGACUGAAAUUUGGAAGUUUAUAUUUGUGACUUCCCAUUAUUCAGAGUGCUCACCCUAAUUGCUUUACUCCUGUAUUUGUAAGACUUCUAAGGUUGCUCUUGUGGGGUUAAAAGUUAAAUAUGAAUCACUGGAAUUCCUUUGUCUUGUGAAAACUAGCAGCUUGAUAUUUGUGAACAGUGUGUGAAAAUUACCAUAGAACAAAGUGUAAAUUCACUGCCAACUGCACUGUACAGAAAAUUCCUGCCAAAACUACUCAUGCUUCUGAAAGCAAAGCAAGGCAAGUGAUUGAUCUUGUGAUGUUAUCAAUGUGUCAUGGAAUUACUUCAGGGAACUUGCAGAACCACUUGGAAGGUUGGUCCUUACAUAUCAACUUUUCUGACUUGUCCUUUAAGUGACCUAGUUAGCCCCAUCAGUUUAGCUACUCUAGAAUACCAGUAGGAUUAUUUCUCUGGCCAACAAAUAGGUUUGACUUGGUUUGAACCCUCAGAUUACUGAAGUUUGUUUGAGAGAUUCUUUUCAUCCUCUAAUCACUUACUGCCUCAUGUUUUUGUGUCUCUCAACACUGGCAUAUUUUGCCUUCCCGUGCCGUUUGUUUUCUUUGCAAGUGUACCUCAUCCACACUGUGGCUUCUCAAGAGGCUUCAGAAGCAGAAUUCUGGGAACUGUUCUACAUUUUCAUUGAAAUCAGUGACUGCAGCUUCUCCAUAUCUAUCCAUGCAUAGGGGACUUCAGCAACUUUUAUUGUCACAUAGGCUAUUCUUAAAGAAAAAAUAAUUCAGCUCCUUUUCAUUAUUUUUCUUUAGUUUGCCAAUCCCUUGCAGGAUCCUGAUAAAAUAUUUAAUCCUAGCCUUCUGAGGGCUCUACACAUUACUAAAUAAACUGAACCAUUUGAAACUUCUGUUUUGUAAGACCACUGAAAGUAGUGUUAGACAAAAAACAGGCUAUGGGACUGUUUUGGGGAAGAAAGUUAAUGGUGUUCUUUGAUAAAAAUAUUAUUUGAUAGUUCUCCCCCUCAGAAUAGGUGUACCCUAAGUGGCUGUUCACUUGUACAGGUAGCACACCUUGUGAGUGUAAUUACAUGGUUGCUGAUUGUGCAACCUCAUCUCAACUGAUAAAGCAAUAUGAAAGCAAAAUAUCUGUUUGCUGGCUGUAGCCUUGUGUGGCCAGCACACAGACAGUACUUAAAAGGAAGAGAAUAGCAUCUGGAGUAAAUAAAGCCAUGGCACAGUAAUCUGCUCGACUUCCUUUUAAGUGGAGCAGUGUCAUUCUUCUUGGUUCAGCUUGAAAAUGGGACAAGCUCCCUGCCUGCAAGGCCAGUGUUUCCAUUGUACACUAUUGUUUACAGAAGCUGACAGAAUUUUUCCUUAAGAAAAGGUAAGAAUUUAUAGCCUAUUACAGUGAAGUUUGUUUUGUAAGCAAGUUUUUUUUUGUUGUUGUUUUUUUAAUUUAUUACAUGAAAAAUAUAAGUGACCAAAUGACUGUUCUGCAGAAAAUCUGAAAUGAGAUCUGAUAGAUUGGAUACAGAUAAAUUCAACUAGUGAGUUUAGAAGUGUGACGAUUUAAGAGCAACUACAAUUUUACUUCUGUAGGAUAGUAGUAGGGCAUUUAUUUUUGCUGGGCUAAGUUUAUUUAACAUUAUAUAGACUCACAGAGUGGUUUGGGUUGGAUAGGACCUUAGAGCUCAUUUCUUUUCAACCCCUGCCAUGGGCAGGGACACCUUCUACUAACCCAGGUGGAUCCAUCCAGCAUGGCCUUGGACACUUCCAGGGAUGGGGAGUUCACAGCCUCUCUGGGUAACAAUAUUGGUGUUAUUGAAGUUACUAAUGCCUAAGUCUUGACUCGAUCCUAUUGUGUUAUAUACCCCACUUUUAUUCUCUGAAAUUAAAAAAUAAAUUUUAAUUUGUUUAUAGGCUAAAAUGCUAGUUUUAAGUAUAGACAAUAUCUCAAAGCAUACAGCUGGUGGUACAUGUAAUUUUGUGCAUCUCCCUGCACCAGGGAACAGUUAAUAAAGUCUACAAUAAAUUACAUAUAUUUCUAAGAUUUACUUAUGCUCUUAUCUGUUGAGUUACUUUCACAGUUUAGAUUUAUUGUUUUUAAUGAAUAUGAAAUUCUACAGAUUGAAGUUUGUAGCUUCUGACUACAACUAACUUCAUUCCUAAUAUGUGUACAAUUUUAUGGAUACUGCAUUAAAAAAACCCAAACCACUAAACAAGCAAGCUACAAAAUAAAAAUAGAAACCACCAAACCCAACCCCUAACCGAAAAGCUCAACAGCAGAGGAGCCAGGUCUGUUUCUUUACUUGUGUACUUCUAGCCAAGAAGCAAUUUCCUUCCUUUCUGGUGCUGUAGAGGAAGGGCUACAAAGGACAGGGUUACAGUGUCCUGUGCUUAUUGGGACCAAAACUCUGCACCACAGGGUUAUGCAUUGCUGUUCUUCCAUCCUCCUGAUUACUAUGGGAAAACCAGGAGGGCAAUCACUGUUCCAAGGACUUACACUUUAAGAAGGUGAUUGAUUUGACUCUUUGGCAUCUUACUGUGAUACAGAGCAGCAAAGUCUACCUGAAAGUUUCCCAGCCUUUAAAAACUUGUAGUAAUUCUAUAAGCAGUCUAUUAGAAACAGUGUGAAGCCUUGUUUCAAACUGACAGGCUCUAACCAGGACAUGAACAACAAAUUCUACAGUCACUUAAAACAUGGAAUGAAAUAGGGUGAGGAGCCAGACAGCAGGAGACCAGCAGCAGCCGUCAGAUUUAUACUUGUUGAACUCAAAAAAAUAUUCUUAAAUGUAUCACCAAUGCUCUAAUCAGUGUCAUAGUAAAUUUUGAAGGCCACAGUGGUUCUAGAGAUCAUUUCCAGACUUAAUAGUGUUAUGGAAUCAAAGAUUUAUUUUUUCUUUUUAAACAUGAGUUGUACUAUAUUUUUAAAAGUUUUUAUACUAGUGUUUUAUAGACUUGUGUCUGCAUUAUAGUAUUAAGUAGCUUACCUUUUUGUAAUGUAGCAAUCAUACACGUAUAUAUUUGCUAGUACAAAGUUACCCUGUCACUGAAAUGUUUUGGUUAAAUAAAUAUCCAUCCACCAUAAUUAUAUAACUGACUUAUAAUAUUUCUCUUGAGCUUGUUACAAUUAGGUUACAGUUAACUUUUUCCCUCUUCAAAGGGAAGUUGAUACAAGUAGGCCAAAAUGUGCUAGCAGUAGAACUUUCUUAAUUAGGAAAUUAGGCUACUUCUUUCAGUAGACAACAAGCAUUGUGUUUUUCUUAAGCCAAGGAAAUUUAGCCUUGCUGUGUUACACAUUAGAAUGCAUCUAACCCACAAAGUCUGAAUUUUAAGCAAAGUAUUGAUCCUAUAUUUGUGUAGUGUGAGCUAUUGAUCAGGGAGCUUUAGUUGCUAUAACUGUUGAACUGAAAGUGAACUCUCCAAAUUCUGUAUAGUCACGACAGUGACUCAAUCUGAAGGAGACAGACUAGCACCUGUAAUGAAUGCAGCACUUAUUUGAUGCUGCAGCCCCUGCUCUGACAGCUUUCCUGGCUCUUGGUGAAAUGCAAAGUUCCUUUGUUUUAAUCUGUUCCUAGGUGAGGCCUGGUUAAUUGCAUCUAGCACUUCCAGGAAUGGAUGAAGCUUUUCCUCUGAACUCUUUGAUUCUCCAGUUUGGGCAUCAAUUGUGUUCUGGCCCAGAACAUCAGAACUGAAGGAUAAUUAGGCUGUGCUUUUAGCUUGGUGCUUUCUUGGAUCUUCCAAUACAGCAGCAGUUCCUUCAGUGUCCUUUUGUCCUGUUUGCAGAGUGGCUGAACUCUGCCUCUCUUGUGUAGCUCCUCACUUUGGGGACAGUGGGGUAUCAGGUAUUUUCUCAGUGUUGGACCUGAAGAACUGUUUUGUUUUGAUAUUGAUGUUAGUGUUACCAGAGGAGGUGAGCUGUGACACUAAUUAGGAUAAUGACUGAGAUUUAACCCCCUGUAGAUUCCAGAGAGCAAUGUUUUCUAUAGACUGACCCCAGUGGGCUAAAAUGAUGAUUUAGAAUUUUAAUGCAUUUUUAUCUCCUUAAACUUAUAUUACAGAACUUUAUCAGUCAUAGAACUAUUAACAUAGAAUUGUUGGAAUAUCUGUAAAACUCAUUGAAUUGGCUGACUAAAAUGGCUUGCAGGAAACCUUUUGCAGAGUAUGAAUCAGCUUCAAAUGGAAGGCAGGUAUGGAAGAGUCUAGAGUGAAUGAAGUAACCUUUCUGACUGGCAUGUUCCACAGCUUCUGUUUCCCCAGGGCUUUGAAUUCAUGCUCUAACAAGGACAUAAUGAAAGAUGCUAUCUAAAAUACAUUUUGAUUUUUAUCAUUUGGGUGUAACCAAAUGGCUGCAUUUCAGAAGUAUUACUUCAGCAGUGAUACUUCAUUCCAGCCAUGCUGGUGUGCUUCACAACUGGAUUAACUUGUCUGAGAGAUGCUGAGUCUAAGGAAGUGUUCUCCUCAUCUGUAGAUAAGGGCUAUUAGCUGUCCAGAGUCAUACAGGAAGUUUGUGGCAGAGAUGAGAAUAGAACCACGUCUCCUGACUCUGUCCUGUGCCUAAUCAUAAGACAAUUCUUCUCGCUGCUUUAAAACAUUCUCUAAAAAAGCUAGUGUGUUAAAUAAUUUUAGUGGGAGAUUGGACCUCAGCUGACCAUGCUAUAGAUGCUUUACAAGGCAUUUAUGAAAUAAUGCUUUUACUUGGGGGAAAAAUACAUUUGAAAUGAAGGUCCUUCAGGUAAGAUCCAUGAAUAAGUCCAGCAUGAAAUCAAGGUUCCUGCACUAAUUAUUUCAACAUGCUGUUUCAUUUAGUCUUCUCAGAGAAACUACAUUUUUAAAAUAAUACAGCACAAGAGGAUAUUCAGCAGCUUUCAUAAAAAAAAACCCUCUCAAAAAUAGUUGAAAGUUAUUGCAAAUUAAUUUACUAUUCCAGUGGUUCUCAGCAUAUGGGAGUAUGUUUUGAGCAGCUUUUUUCAGCCAGCUCUCUUUAGUGGCAGAUGCUGGUAUGCAGCAGCUUUGCCCACUUAGCAGUAUGAAGGACAUUUUACAUCAUUAAUCUACAGAGCAGUUUGUUGCCAUACAAUAGGAGACAUAUUUUAAAUACUCUUUUCACUCAGCUGAAGCAAAGAUUUCCAAACCUACUCACACUGUGAAGUCUUUCAAAACCAAGCUGAAGAAUAUCUGUUCUAGAGCAUCAGAAUGAAUAUUGGCUUGAUCUCUACAGCACAUGAACAGAAUUACUUUGUCAGACUCAGAAAAUGCAGGUCCACUUUUUUGAUUCAAAAGAUUAUUUUUAAGAUUAAAGGGUUUGAGAGUGGGUUUGGUUUAUGAUGUAGUGAAAACACAACUCAUUAGCUUUAAACUGUUGUGAUGUUAACUGCAUCUUCCUCAGGCUGGGUCUAGAAUUUGGAACUUACAUCUGUCUUCAAGGGUUAUUUAAAUGUAGCAAAUGUAACACUGAGUAUUUAUAGAUCUUAUCAGCAUUUUCCUAAAGAAACAUUUGCUGGGUUCCUGUUUAGGUCAUCUUGUUACUAUUUAAAGCUUUCUUGAGUGAGGAGUCUGACAAAUUGUGCUUUUUAGCAAAUAUACAAUCAGAGCAUGCUGCAGCAGGCCCUGGAGACUGAAAAGCAGUCAGGCAGAUUCUGUGUGUACACGCAGUGUUUAACUGCUUAAUUCUGUAUGCUGACUUCAUGUUUGAGUUUAGGAGCAGCAAAUAUAAAAUUGUCCAUUUAAGAAAGGUAUAUGGCCUCAGUGGACUUCAAAGGAUUUUCUCCCCUCUCAAAAGCACAAGAUUACAAUUGUUCCAAGUGAGACAGUCUCAAAUAUGGGAGGCAGACAGAACGCAGACGGCCAAAGUAGUGAAGAAAAAGUAGGGAAGCAGAGCAACAUGUAAGGCUUAAAUCUCUGAGAAUAGUUUCAAAGUUCAAUGAAUUUUAUUUUAAGAGACAUUACACUGAGUGUCUGACUGCCAACCAGUUUAUUAUAGUAUCUUAAAUUUCACUUCAGGGUUCUUGCUUCUGUGUGAUCUUCAAAAAUACCUGUUACAGUAAUGGGCUUAAUGGGUUAAAUGGGCUUCAAAUCAUCUAGUGACAUACACAUUGUUUUGUAAACUCAGGGCUUUUUCUUUAACAUAAAAUAUACAAGUCUCACCUGAAAAGUUUAAGGAUGUUGCCAAGGGCCUACCUUUAACCGGUCUGAAUUUCAAUACUAUUUAGAAAAUGUAGACAAAUUGCUUUCUAUGCUGUAUCAAUGUCUAUGUUUUCCUUAAUAAGAUUAAAGCUAGUUUCCUUUGAAUUUCACAGCAGUAGUUUGAUAACUGAGACUCAAUUACAAAGAGCUUGGACCUAGUUUGAGAAAGAAACAAACUGUUGGGCAUUGGUCAUAGGCUGGUUCUACUGUUUGUAAAAUUAGUUUUUAGCUGCUAAUGUCACUUGUCUAAUAUUUAUUUUAUUUAAUGUAGUUACCACAUAGAGUCAAAUAAGUAAACAGGAAGGGAGGGGGAAAGUUAGAGAGCUGCUGUAAUAGACCACGUGUUCAGCUCUCCAGAAGCAUCUCAGAAGAAUGAGUAUUUAGCUUGUUUUAAAAGCUUCUUGUCAAUUUGGAUGUUUCAUUUUGUAAAUUGUCCUAAUCCAGAUUAAAUACAGCAGUUGAACAGUGAGAGUAUAAUUUGUCAUCAUUUGGGCUGUUGUUUCUUGCUUGAUCGUAGCUUAGACUUCUCUCAUUUUCCACUGCCAGAUA